UUAAAUUGCUUGGAGAAUAAUACUGAGUUUCGCAAUAGCGAGCGUGAGAAUAUAAACGACUUCGCGAAUAAGGUUAAAUAGCUCAUCAUUGCGGAAUCGAUUCCGAGCUGGCUAAACCGCAGUAAGGCGCUGCCGUUGUGAAGUCAGCAGACCACUGCAGGCCGGCUACAGUAGUAGCGGCGGCCUUACGGACUGAGGCUAAUGUUACUGCUGUCGAACUCACGACAAAUAGAUCAUUUGCUAAGUGACAUCUUCUUCUAUAACUACUCGAGCACGUAAUUCCUUAGCAUCGUCGAAGUAGAUCGAGGCACAGCGCUUGCCUUCAACGAAACCUUCGACAUACGGCGAGGACAUAACAGUGCCAUGCUAUCGUAAAUAAGCGUGACAGCUGGACCUGCUGAGAAUAUUUAGAGGCUAUUUUCAAAGGGAUCUCGAAGGACUGCGUCACGACGAUGUUCCCAUCUUUUACGCUACCGAGCUCGUUGAGAAUUGUUGUUGUGGCUGUCCUAGGUUUUGUAGAGGCUCACCAGAGCGUCCAUAGCCAGAACACUAUACAGGCGUUCGAAGGCCCAAAGGCUAUAUGGAGUGGAGGGUCCGCUUACUUCCGAUGGGUCCCGCACCAUAUCGCGCUUCCUAAACCAAUCUUUAGCGUUCGUCGGGUACCAUUGCCCUUCCCAUAUCCGGUAUUCCGCUACCAUCAGGUGCCAAUGUACGCCGCAAAGGAUUUGCCGCCUAAUCUACCUGGACAGGCAACUAUCCAGGUUCCUGUCGAGGUCCCAAAGUAUGUUCCUGUCUCUGUACACAAAGUGAUUGAAGUACCCCAGUACAUCGAGGUUCCCGUCGAAGUGCCCGUUUACCAAGAAGUCGUUGUUCGGAAGCCGAUCGAAGUACCCAUUCCAGUUUAUAUAACCCGGAAGGCUAUCGCAACAACACAAAGCGGUCCGCUGGUCGCUGGAGACAUACGAGCAUUCGAUGCGGUGGAUACGGGGUUGACCCCUGCGAAAGUAAUGCAAAUUCCCACGUUUUCCGAGUCUGCUUCGGUUCCAAUUUCGAAAAUUUGGUAGACGCAUAAUCAGGCUUCACAGACGUCAGUCUGCCAUUGUCUGAAUCCACAGGGUUCAAGUCAGUAUUCUAAUAAGAAAAUCUGCAGAAAAAUCCUGCGUUUUUCUAUCACAAUUUUACGGUCAAAGGUCAAGGUACGAUACAUUCGUUAGCACAGAUAUGGAUAAUAUAUUAUACCGAGCAUUUGUGCCUUUUCCGAUGAUAACGCUGAGUGAUUUUAUUACCCAGCUCAUUCAGUAUAAUAAAUUAGCAUCUGGUUAGUCUGCUCGUUAUGAGACUAAAUAACUCCAUAUACAUAAGGCGCUGACCGUCAAUUGCUCGAAUCGAGAGUUAUACAUGUGAUUUUGUCAUAUAGAUACUUAAGCUUAGCUAGGUAGUGUUCUAGUAGUUUUUUAGAGAAAAUUUUCUCUGUGCAAGUAUCGCUCGGAUCAUUGUAGAAUAUUUAAGAAUAUACGAGAGCGUAAAGAAUCACUAAAACCCAUAUAUUGUGAGACUAGCUUUAUAAAUAUGGAAAAAUCAUCUUACUACUCAUGCGUUUUUACGAUAGAUUACAGUAUGCGUCGAUCAGCUGAUCCGGAGAUUCAUUUUGACGUAAUCGUGAUAACAAUGGUGAUUAUCUAGCUAAAUUUCCUGGCUAGCCCUGAGCUGAAGCAAUACUUUGUCUGUGUUCUAGUAAGGCUAAUGGAAUCAUGUUUGUAGAAUUAGUGAACUGAAAUAAAUCCUAUCACGAACGGAUUCCGUGACGGUCUCCGAAUAAUUUCGAUUCCUAGUAUUUUUUUGUCCUGUUUCUUACCGAUACAAACAGGUUAACUCUCCAUUUCCGGAAUUUAAAUUAUUUUUAGUUACUCUAUUUCUGCAAUACUAUUAUUAUCGGCCAUUUCUAAUGGAGCACGAUGCGUCUACUGUAGUUUGGCCAGUUCUGUCCAAUUUAAUUGAGGUCUCUAACUGCUUACAAUUCCACUGCUGCCACAUUGGCAGCAUGUGAUCCCCACAUAUAAAAUCGAAAUAAACAAACACAGACGCUCUCGCUUCGACGGACGGCCAGGCAUUUACCAUCGAAGUGCAGUCAAACCUCGUCUCUAGCAGCUCACGAAUCGCCGUUAUAGUUCACCACUACCGCCCGGUUUGUCCCUCUGACUUCCUGGGUUCGUUACCUGAAGCUCUAAAGCUCUCGUCCCAUAUGCUACAUCUGUGUGACGAUGUAUAGGCUAUAUAGUUCGUCUUGAUAUCAAACGGAGAGCGUUUCUCUCUAGCGAAAAGUCUGGCUAAAUUUUUUUUGAGCCCACAUGAUUCCGCAGCCCAACAUGGCUGAAUAGGCGACUAUCCGAGGACAAAGAGCUGCUUGCUAACGAUAGUAAGACAGGUUUUCAUGAUGAGAAAGGACCAGCCAGUCACAUAUCCUUAUCUGUAUCGACUAGUUAAACUGUGCCACACAAUAACUGUAUAUAAUAUUUAACGGUUCGAUCGGAGUCUGAGAGAAAGAGAGAGAGACUUUAGAUAUUGUUGUUAGGCGGUUUAAGCGACGCAUAGGAAACUUGAAUCUGUGGCCCUUGCCGAAGCUGAAAUACGCUUCUGUACUAUUGCCCCUUAUCAAGACGUUUGUUAGACGGUCGUUCAUAUCUAAUGUCGAUUCUGGUAUGAGCUGAUUCACUGACGGCGCAUCGAACAGCCAACAAAUACGUCCAGAA